AAAUAGGAAGGUCGUUGAUUACUCACAGUUUCAGGAAUCAGAUGAUGCAGAUGAAGAUUAUGGAAGAGAUUCAGGCCCUCCUGCUAAGAAAAUUCGGUCAUCUCCUCGAGAAGCUAAAAAUAAGAGGCGAUCUGGAAAGAAUUCACAAGAAGACAGUGAAGACUCAGAAGAAAAAGAUGUAAAGACUAAGAAGGAUGAUUCUCACUCAGCAGAUGACAGUGAAGACGAAAAAGAUGAUCAUAAAAAUGUACGCCAGCAACGACAGGCAGCAUCUAAAGCAGCUUCUAAACAGAGAGAGAUGCUCUUGGAAGAUGUCGGCAGUGAGGAAGAGCCAGAAGAAGAUGAUGAAGCACCAUUCCAAGAGAAAGAUUCUGGCAGCGAUGAAGAUUUCCUAAUGGAAGACGAUGAUGAUAGUGAUUAUGGCAGUUCAAAAAAGAGAAACAAAAAGAUUGUUAAGAAGUCCAAACCUGAGAGAAAAGAAAAGAAAAUGCCCAAACCCAGACUAAAGGCUACAGUGACGCCAAGUCCAGUGAAAGGCAAAGGAAAAGUGGGUCGUCCUACAGCUUCAAAGGCAUCAAAGGAAAAAACUCCUUCUCCCAAAGAAGAGGAUGAGGAAGCAGAAAGUCCUCCAGAAAAGAAGACCUCUGCAAGCUCCCCACUCGAGAAGUCUGGAGAUGAAGGGUCUGAAGAUGAAGCCCCAUCUGGGGAAGAUUAAAAGUGAUGUUUGGGGAGAGAUUUUAUUAAAAAAAAAAAAAUCAAAAAGGAAACCUAUGUAGGACACGGUUUGGGCUGUGGCUUGACUCAUGGGCUUUCAGUGCUAUUUCAUUUGUCUAAAAUAAUGUUUCUAUCUCUAUCUCUCACUCUCAAAACCAUUGUAUGUUGAUAGUUUUAAGUUGCCAUUUUGUCUAAUGGUCUUAUUUCUUUGCCAACCCCUCCUUCCGCCUCUCCUGUUGAAAGCCAUGUCAAUUAAUCACUGGGUUGACUGCUUCGUCUUUGUAUUUUUAAUGGAAGUUAGGAAUCCUACGGCUGUAAAGCAAUAAGAUUUGAGAUGGAUUCUAUGGAAACUUUGCUUUUGCUAAAGAAUAGCAACUUGAACAGUAAUCAAAAAACUAGAAAGGUUUUAGUUAAAAAUUACUCUUCUUUUCCUGUACGUUUGACAGACCAGUUGUCAUUUAACAUGAGCUUAUAUGUCUAAAUCGUAAAUGUCAAAAAGAAUCAUGACUCUAAACUUAACACUGAUGAGGCAGUUGGGAGGUGAACAUGAAUUCUGGGUUGUUAACCCAGCACUCACAUUAUCCCCCCCGAUGUGGAGGAAAUGGGCUUCCUGGAACUUGUCUGGAAAUGUGGGCUUUCUUAUUUUAUACUUGUUAUUCUCAAAGAGACUCAGAGCCAGUGGUCCUUUUGUCUCAGUAAGUUUUUCUAAAAAAUGGGCCACCAGGACCCAGAAUCAUUUUUAAUUUCUUAUUUCAUUCAUGCUUUCAUUGAUUCCUGUUUUUAAAUAUAUUUAUAUAUAUAUCCUGAUUUUUUGGAUAGUUUUACCAAUGAUCAAAAAACUAAAAAGAGAUUCCCUAGAAUUUUGAUGACAAGAUAAGUGUAUGCCUCACAGUGCAUUUCUUUACAGACUGAUGAUGUUAAAAGUUUUAAGCAAAUAAAGUUUGAGUUAAUGUGAAGCUCAUAUACAAAGGAUUGGAAUUUAUCCUUUAUAAAUACAUAUAAUUGAAGUUCCUUUAUGCUAUAAUUGUGUUUCAAUGGCCCAUGAACCAUCUCAGUUUUAUUUGGGGGUAGAAAUGAUUUCCCUUUGAUACUUAACACUUCGUACUAGCAUACCACGGUACACAUCCCACAAGUUCGUCCUGCUACUACAGAGUCUCGUAAUUCUACCAUGGAAUACCAUUUUCAUUUACUGACAGCAUGGGAGUAUGUUAAAUGCUGUUUCCAUACUGUGGGGUUGUUUUGCUUCUUAGUUGUUAUGACACCCUUCUUUCUGUUUAUGUUUCUUAAAGCAAGAGCCUGAGCCUCAACAGGAUGAGUGAACUGUAUUUUAGGGUGCCUAUGUGCCAUUGAUAACAGUCUAGACACCUUAGCAGAGCAUCAGGACAUAGAGCUAUAGGUUUGAUUCUUCAUAUUCAGAUCCCAUGCUCCAAUAGAAGCAAAGUUUAGGGGUCCUAUUAUGCUACUAAAUUAAGAUUUAGUGGAAUUAAAUUUCUGUAUAUUUUCUGCACUUAAGCUAAAUUUGUUCCCUCAGUAUUCUGCUUUUGUGUUUUUUAAGUGACAUGUUUGUCUCAGACAAUGUCAUUUUCUUAUAGGUAUUCAUAGGACAAAGGGUUAUUUAAGAAAUAUUUUUACUUGUGGUUUUUAAGACACUUUAAAGAACACUCUUAGAUCUGCUUUAAAAUAAAAUAAAGUAAAUAAAACACCUAGUGGCAGAAAGUCAUUUCAACCCUGCACUGUUAAUAAAUGAGUAUUAAAUAUGGCCAAAAAUAGAAACUUGAA